UGCAUAACUUAGUUAACAUACACUCUCACUCUCUCUGUCUCUCUCCCUCCCUCCCUCCCUCCUACUAAUUAGUAACCAAUUAUAUAUCAUGAACAUGAAAAGCCGCAGCGGUACCAAGGAGAAGAUGAAGAAGAAGAUGAUGAUGAGAGGGUUCAUGUGCCAGUCUCAGGUAGCAACUGCGGUGUGUAUGACUGAUGCUCGUUCCAUUAUCAUGCCGCCAACAAGACCAGCUGCAGCUACCACUGUCCGCCACAAUCACAAUGCUGGACAUGGGCAUUACAUGAUGAUGAGAAGAUCAACUAGUACUAAUAACGCUGGUGAUGGCGGCAGCGGUGGUCAAUACUACUACCCCAGGCUCCUCAACACUCCUCCAGCUCAUGGCCAUGAGACAUCCUACUCUCACGGUCGCAGGCGAAGCACUACCACUAGCAGAAUUCUUAACCACCAUGAUCAGCAGCCAAUGUCAAAGUCGAUCCGAAAACUACCAUUAUCUGAUCCAGAUUUACUACCACCGUCAUCAUCCGCGGACAAUGUCUUCCAGGUGGUUGUUAUGAGAGUUUCCAUUCAUUGCCAAGGAUGUGCUGGUAAACUGAAGAAACAUCUCUCUAAGAUGGAAGGGGUUACAUCUUUCAGUAUUGACCUAGAGACAAAGAUGGUAACUGUUAGGGGACACGUUUCAGCAGUUGGAGUCGUGGAGAGCAUUUCAAAAGUGAAGAAGGCAGAGUUAUUAGCCUCUUGAAUCCAUUCAAGGGUUACCCCAUAUAGUGGGAAAAGUUGGUCAAUUUUAAUAGGUAUUUGUCAUUACCUUCUGUUUAGAGUAACUACUCCAAGAGGUAUUUGACCAAUAAAAAAAAAAAAAACUACUCCAAGAGGUAGGUCCUUCCAAAAAAUAAAAAGAGGUAAAUGUGGGUGCUAAUUCGAUCAUGUGAGCUAUGGCCCUAUUGAUAUUGACAUGUUUAUUUUUCCCUUCUUCCUUUAAUUUCCCUGGUCACAAAUUGAAAGUGAUGGUGAUGUAUCAUGGUUUGACAAUCGAAGCAAAAUUGAAUUUAUAGUAUUUCUUUAUUUCUUA